AUGGCCAACGCAGGCGGACGACAAGCUGCUGGUGGUGUGGGGCAGGCCUUUGGCGCGAAGCCUACUAGUGCGGGAAAGGAGGCAAAGGAUGUGCGACAGCAGUAUAUCUUCCUCAACAUCAUCGGAAGCGGCUCCUUCGGGAAGGUCCACAAGGUCCAGUCCAGGACGAACGGGCGGAUCUUCGCGUGCAAGGAAAUCGACUACGCCAAGAUGAGCGAGAAGGAGAAGAAGCUCCUCGUCCACGAGGUCAACACGCUCAAGGAGCUCAGCCACGAGAACAUCGUCUCCUACAUCGACCGCUUUGUCGAGCGCGAGAACGCGAAGAUGUUCAUCGUCAUGGAGUACUGCGAGAAUGGAGACCUUGCCAGAUACAUCAAGCGGCACAAGACAGACAGGCGCUACAUCGCUGAGGAGAAGAUCUGGUCUGUCUUUGUCCAGCUCCUCCAUGCCCUUAACUAUUGCCAUAGUUUGCACAAGCACGAUGAUACUGGCACCCACAAAGUUAUCCACCGAGAUAUAAAGCCCGGCAACGUGUUCCUCACACGCGAUGGCUCCAUCAAAUUGGGGGACUUUGGUCUUUGUAGAUCAUUGGGUGAACUUUCGCAAGCUAAGACAAACGUCGGCACCCCCCUCUACAUGGCCAUAGAGGUCCUCCAGAAGCAGUCCUACACAGAGAAGGCAGACAUAUGGUCCCUUGGCUGCGUCAUCUACGAGCUCUGUGCCCUGCAGCCCCCAUUCGUGGCAUCUAACAUGGAUUCCCUUAAAGCUAAAGUCAAGCAAGGUGCGCGUCCUGCCAUACCAGCACAUUACUCCAGUGACUUAUCAGCUGUCAUCGAUUCUAUGCUCAAUUCCAACUUUAACUCGCGACCGUCUGCCGCAGAGCUACUUAAUCAUCGUAAGAUCAUUGAGAUGUCGGAAAGGAUGAAGAACGCUGGGAUGACUGGGGCUGGCAUGCAAGCUGCAGCCAAUCCUCCACCUCCCGUCCAGGCCCCGGUCAGUGCUGCUGCACCACGUGCCGGUGAGGCUCUUGCCGCUCUUAAGAACGAAGCAGCCAAUAUCGGGAACCCGGUUGACGUAGCUCAGAAGGAACGGGAACUAAAGGAGUGGGAAGAGAGACUUCAGCAGAGAGAACAGCAAAUACGAGCCCGUGAAGAGCAAGUCGAGCGCGCUCUUGUUAGUGGCAAGUCCAAUGGUGGCGCUUACAAGUAUAAGAUGUAG